GUCAAAGUCUUUGAACUAAGAUAUACUGACACUUUCUAGCAAAAUGGAUUAUUCAGUGCUGUGUAAAGUUCAUGGAAACAAAUUUCUGGGAAGAGGAGCUUCUAUUCCAUCCUGAAUCAGGUAAGUCCAUUUGGAACAUAUGAACAGAGCUGGUAACUUCCACCAUCCUGAAAGCUGAGACCGUCAUCACAGAGUGUCAGAAGCCCACAGCAGAGAUUGCCCCAUUGGCUCUAAUCACCCGCCUGGGGUUUCCUCCACUGCGUUUGAACAGUCUUGUGGAUGGAAACCAAUGCUGCCAAGCAGGAAGAGAGAUACCCAAUGGAGAAUCAGCACUCUCCUGGCAAAGUCCCAGGGCUUUGUUCUUGUCGCUAUGGACUCAGUGUGCUUUUGCACUUCAUUAACCUUGGAGUCAGCGCACAGCGUGCGUGUCUGAGCCUCACCAUAGUAACCAUGGUGAACAGAACAGACACAAGUGGUGUGUCCAACAUAUCUGCAGGGCAGAAGCUGGACGACACAAAGAAUCCUGCUUAUAACUGGAGCCCUGAUAUCCAGGGGAUCAUACUCAGUGCCAUUUCAUAUGGUGCACUCAUACCACAUGUUCCCGUUGGCUACCUAUCUGGAAGAUUCCCUGUGAAGAUGUUGAUUGGCUCUGCCAUGUUCCUCAGCUCUGUGUUCUCCCUGCUCACCCCAGGAGCAGCUCACCUUGGACCAGCUUUGGUCAUCGUGUGUCGAGUGCUCCAGGGAAUAGCCCAGGGCACAGUUAUGGCAGCCCAGAACGCAAUAUGGGUCAAAUGGGCUCCUCCCUUAGAACGAGGCCGACUUACCUCUGUGAGUUACUCAGGGUUCACAUUGGGAUCAUUCCUGGUCAUGCUUGUGAGUGGAUUCAUCUGUGAUCUUCUGGGCUGGCCCAUGGUCUUCUAUAUUUUGGGUGCAUUUGGCUGUGUUCUGUCUCUUCUCUGGUUCAUCCUGUUCUAUGAGGACCCCAAGGACCACCCGUGGAUAAGCAUCAGGGAGAAGGAAUACAUCAACUCUUCUCUCGCCCAGCAGGUCAGCGCAUGUGGACGACGUCUGCCAAUCAAGGCUAUGCUGAAGUCUCUUCCAGUCUGGGCCAUCGCCCUCUCUGUCUUUGCUUUCGUGUGGUCAACCUCCCUCUUUGCUGUGUACAUGCCAACGUAUCUCAGCACCAUGCUUCAUGUCAACGUGAGAGAGAAUGGGCUGCUGUCUGGUCUCCCCGGUUUGUUUGCCUACAUCUGUGGUAUCGUAGCCGGAGAGAUGGCAGACUUCUUCCAGUCCAGGAAGAUUUUCAGCCUACUUACCAUCCGGAAGCUCUUCACCACAUUAGGACUCCUCCUUCCUGUGAUCUUCAGCCUGAGCCUGCUGGCCCCGGGCCUUGGCUUCCAUGGCACCGUCACCUUCCUGGUUCUCAUCUCCAUAUCAUUUAGAUUCUUUAUAGUUGGAGGACUUAUCAAUGCUCUGGACAUCGCACCCAGGUAUUAUGGAUUUCUCAGAGGAGUUACCAUGUUAAUAGGACUGGUAGGAUACAUGAUGUCUACAACUGUUGCUGGGCAAGUACUCAGCCAGAGUGCUGAAUUUUCCUGGCAUGUCAUCUUCCUCCUGGCGGCAGGCAUUAAUGUGACAAGCCUCAUCGUCUACCUCGUAUUUGCUAAGGCAGAAGUCCAGGACUGGGCUCAGCAAGCUCAGUGCACGCAGCUGUGAAGUGGAGUCAGUCACACUCAGAGGGCCCUGUGACCAUCUAACUCUAUCUACCUGGGUCCACUCGAACACCGUCCAAGGCCUGAAAGUCUACAAGAGCAGGCACCCUAAAAAGCUCCCGUCUUGUGUCUCCACUUUCGGUUAACUCCUUGCUCCCCUCUCCCCCACAAUGUCUUCAUUCAAGACUGUCUUUUCAUAUUGCACCAAGGCACGUUCAGUUCCUUAGAAAGACACACGUGGGAAGUUUCCUAACUGCCACACCCAACAGCUCCAUUCCUCCCAAAGAAGCCAGGUGGACCAUCGUCCCAGCACCCCAAACGCAGGGAGGUUUGCCUCUUGAGAAGGGGAUUGAGGCAGGUUAAGGGACCAGUGUCCUGGAAAGUAAAAGCAGAGAUGUCCUUGAGGCUGACCUUCAGGCUCCACUGUGCUGGAGGUCAGAGAAGGACCUGGCCUCUCCUUAUCACUUGCCUAAAGGAGUUCCCAAGAUGCAGUUUUCCAUAAACAACCCAAUUCCCUCCCUAGGAAAUAGUUCUCCUUUCCUUGGAUUUAGACCCCUGGGAGGGUCGCAUUUGAACCCGGCUUUGUGCUUGGUUAGGCUCAGCACAUAAAACAUAAUGGCUGGUUAGCUCAGCCCCCAUUCAGAACUUAUGAAGAACCCAAUUUCGGUCUCUAGGUGGACCGUACCACUCCUCCCUUCUCAUGGACAUGAGCUCUUCAUACUAUUGUCUCUUUCCUUCCCUUAAACCAAUAAAGUUUCUCUAAAAUUAAAAAAAAAAGUAAUGUAAAAGGGUAAGGGAAC